CACAACCUCCACUUUGACUGCGCUACAUGGCACAUACAUCGCAAGAAUUCAGAUCCUCGAGGCGCCUUCGGGAUGCUCGUAAAGAGAAGGCACGUGAUGAGCGACUCAAGUCGAAGUCGACGGCGGCAAGCGAUUCACCGCCGCGGAAGCGUGUGAAGAAAGGAGCUGCUUCGGACAAGGCGCAAGCCGACACAGAGGCCAAGCAGGAUGAGGGAGUUUUGAGCUCGCCCUUCACUGACCUGCCCCUCGAGCUGCUUCUUGAGGUACUCAGCCAUCUUGACGCACCCUCUCUCCUUCAGCUGGCGAGGACCACGAAGCUCCUGAGGAGUCUCCUUCUGAGUCGAUCCUCGAUCAAGAUAUGGAAGAGGGGCUACAAAUACACGAAGCCUGCUAUGCCGCCACCGCCUAGCGACAUGUCGAUCCCCCGCUUUGUAGCGUUCCUCGAAGACGAGAUCUGCGAUUUCUGCGACGAAUCACCUGACGACGGUGUUCUAACGGUGUGGAGCUCCCGGCAGCGCUUUUGCGAGGGGUGCGCGGACAGCAUAUUCUGCCUCAUACCAGACGAGUAUAUCCGCGACUUUCACGUCGUCAAGAAGAUUAUCCGCCUGUGCGGCUAUUCGUACCAACCCGUCGACCUGCUCCCUUCCGUCGUUCUGCAGGUUUACCAUGGGUUCUAUGGUCGUGAGGUUGUGCGAUACUCCCGAGCGGCGUACGACAAAUUGGCGAAACAAUUUGAGCACGCCACCGCGGGGAAGCCAAAGGAAUACAAGAAAGAGUGGGUCGCGGGCUGGGUGGAGAACCUUAGAAAGUCCUUGAGGCACGUCGAGGCUUGGGAGAGUUGGGACUAUGAGAGAGAAGAGAGGAAGGAGGCGGAAAGGCGCAUAACCCACCGUCAGAGAAUCGAUGAGAUCUUCCGGCGACUUGGCGACUUGGGCUGGGCUGAUGAAAUACAGAAGCCAGCUGUCUCCAACCAACUCCGCAGCCAUGAGCUCGUCGACAAGACGAAGCGGCUUACUGACGAAGAGUGGGCUUCGAUUCGUGGGCCCCUCCUCAAGCUCCUGCAGGAGCUGCGCGACAAGCGCCUGGAGCAGGAGCGGCAAGUCGUACUGCGAGAAAGGUACCGGACGUUGAAAGAAGUGCACGAGGACCACGUUCACAACAAGACUCUGCAAGAGCGCUGCCUCAUGCCUGGCGCCGGUGAGCUCGCAGGCCUCAAGGAGGUCACCGACGCAAUCGAGCGCACACCAGUCGACCAGGAGCUCACCAAGGCCAAUUUGCAAUCGAUCAUCAGAGCCGUCCCUAAAGCGCGAUGGGAUGCGUGGAAUGCCGAGCGCUCAGCAGCCCUAGUGGACAUGCUCAAACACGCUGAAGCGCCGCCAAUGCAUGGGCAGCCCGCAACCGCGAGGGACCUCCAGCUCGCGACGACCGUAUUCACGUACGGCUACGGUACCCAUCUCACCUAUCCUGAAGUUCUGGGUCACCGCGAUGGCCACUGGGGCACAUCACAGACAUCACAAGUGUCAAUCGAGAAGGAGUGGGCAGCCAAGGAUUACAAGGUCUUGAUCGACCGCCAGCGCAUCGCGGCGAAGGUCGUUACGCUGGCCGGCCUCGACCCCAAGACGGCGACGGCUGCGGACGUGGAUGCGCGCGAUGUGUGGUUCGCGACGACGGAGAACGUUCGGGCGAGCAACCACGACCUGUGCGCGAUGACUUGGAGAUACGCGAUCAUGAAAUGUCGUCCGGAGGACAAAAUCGUGACUCUGCCUGCAAAGCGCGUCUCCCAAGCUCAGGAGCUGCGCGCCAAAAAGAAGUGCGGAGACGGCAACCCAGCCUUGUACGUUGACAUUCCCCGUGGGAGGAAGACGUCGAAGAAGUGAGGUAGACGCUGGCAGGAAAUGCUGGAGCAGACGUCCGAGUCGCCCAGUCUGCUUUGUGUUUCUUGAUGAGAUUUUCGAAAGAGGGAU